AAGGCGAGACAGGAACUUCAUUCCUCCCUGUGUCAGGAUUCCAGAAAUUAUGCCCCUUCUCUCAUCAUGAGCUGGCUCUCGAGUUCCCCGGGAGUUGUGCUAACCGCUUACCACCCCAGCGGCAAGGACCAGGUCGUUGGGGAGAGCCAUGCAAAGGGAGGCGACGAAGCCACCUCCAGUCGCAGAUAUGGCCAGUACACCAUGAACCAAGAAAGUUCUACCAAAGUUACAGAGAGGCCUCCAUUUGAUCGAUCAAGUUCCCAGGAUUCUUUGGAUGAAGUAUCAAUGGAGGACUACUGGACGGAACUAGAAAAUAUCAAAAGGUCUAAUGAAAAUCGCCAAGAAGGUCAAGAGGCCGUCGUUGUCAAAGAGCCUGAUGAGGGAGAACUGGAAGAAGAAUGGCUCAAAGAGGCUGGGUUGUCCAACCUCUUUGGAGAGUCUGCCGAUGACCCCCAGGAAAGCAUGGUGUUCUUAGCCACACUGACCCGGACACAGGCAGCAGCUGUUCAGAAACGGUUAGAAACGGUCUCGCAGACCUUGAGGAAGAAAAACAAACAGUACCACAUUCCUGACGUCAGAGACAUAUUUGCUCAACAGAGAGAAGCACGAGAAAAAUCUCCAGAUGGCUCAGAACCGCAGUCAGUCGGAACGAACGAAAGCAAAUGCCAAGGAAAAGACGACCAGGCAACUAGUGGGGCUGUUGAUAACAAGGAGCUGAUCCCACGGGUGCCUGAGGACACACCUGCCUCUGAAACAGACAUCAACUUGGAGGUGUCCUUUGCAGAGCAAGCUGUCAAUCAGAAAGAACUCAGCAAGGAGAGGAUGCAGAAGAUGAGAGGCAAUGAUGCCUCAUUGCCUAGUUUCAGAGUGCCAAAAGAUAAAACAGGUACUACAAGGAUUGGAGACUUGGCCCCCCAAGACAUGAAGAAAGUCUGCCAUCUAGCUCUGAUUGAACUCACUGCCCUGUAUGAAGUGUUGGGUGUGGAGCUCAAACAACAGAAAGCUGUGAAAAUUAAAACAAAAGACUCUGGUCUUUUUGGUGUUCCAUUAACCAUGUUGUUAGAACAAGAUCAAAGGAAAGUGCCAGGAACUCGAAUACCCUUGAUCUUUCAAAAACUCGUUUCUCGGAUUGAAGAAGGUAGUCUGGAAACGGAAGGCCUCCUACGAAUACCGGGAGCUGCCAUGAGAAUCAAGAAUCUUUGCCAAGAACUAGAAGCGAAGUUUUAUGAAGGGACUUUCAACUGGGAAAGUGUCAAACAGCAUGACGCAGCCAGCCUGUUGAAGCUCUUUCUCAGAGAGCUGCCCCAGCCACUGCUGAGUGUAGAGUAUCUCAAAGCCUUCCAAGCUGUCCAGAAUCUUCCAACCAAAAAGCAACAAUUGCAGGCUUUGAACCUCCUUGUCAUCCUUCUACCUGAUGCAAACAGAGACACACUGAAGGCCUUGCUUGAAUUUCUGCAACAAGUCAUUGAUAAUAAAGAGAAGAAUAAAAUGACUAUUGUGAAUGUAGCAAUGGUCAUGGCCCCGAAUCUGUUCAUGUGCCAUACACUGGGUUUGAAGUCCAGUGAACAGCGAGAAUUUGAAAUGGCUGCUGGGACGGCAAAUGUCAUGCACUUAUUGAUUAAGUACCAGAAACUUCUAUGGACAAUUCCAAAGUUUAUCGUAAACCAAGUGAGGAAGCAAAAUACUGAAAAUCAAAAAAAGGAAAAGAGAGCCAUGAAGAAAUUGCUGAAGAAAAUGGCUUAUGAUCGGGAAAAACAUGAAAAGCAAGAUAAACCUACAAAUGAUGCUGACGUUCCUCAAGGAGUGAUUCGAGUGCAAGCUCCCCAUCUUUCCAAAGUUUCCAUGGCAAUACAGCUAACUGAGGAACUCAAAGCCAGCGAUGUGCUUGCCAGGUUCCUCAGCCAAGAAAGUGGGGUUGCCCAGACACUUAAGAAAGGAGAAGUUUUCCUGUAUGAAAUCGGAGGCAAUAUUGGGGAACGCUGCCUUGAUGAGGACACAUACAUGAAGGACUUACACCAACUGAACCCAAAUGCCGAGUGGGUCAUAAAAUCCAAGCCACGGUAGAAGACUAACUGGAGGACUAGUAUCAUCAUUCUUGCUGGGUCAAGAGUGUCAAUAAAAGUUGCAGGUUUCUUAAUUAUUCAGUUGUACCCAGUUAUUACGAAGUGACACCCCCAAGCCUUAAAAUUAUAGAUUUUUGUGGCUGCCAUAAUUGUUAAUUAUUAUUCUUAAAAAAUAUUUUUCGAGUAAGAGGAAAGGGGUUUAAUUAGCUUGUGGGCUGUUUAUACACACUUUAAAAUGUGUUCAGAUGUGACAGCUGUUUUUUUUUGUUUUUUUUUUUUCUAUGAAAUAAAUUCUCUACCUUUUUUUUUUUUUUUUUUGGUACUGGGUGUUGAACCAGAACUUUGCUCAUGAUGGGCAACUGCUUUAUGACACCUAGUGAUAUCUCCAGCAGAUUAAGUAAUCUUUACUAAUAGAUUUACCAAUGAAGUUUUGGCUUAUUUACAUUUUAAGAAUGUUGUCUCCCCUUUCUUACCUCUUCUUAUCUACCUUUCCUCAAUAAAAUUUGCUUUUUUAACCAGAAAGAGAUAGUUAAUAUCAGGUAUGGAAUGCUAUGAAGGCAAACUCAACUCAACAGAAUUCUUGUGACCAUAAACUGUUAGCAUUCAUGGCUUUGGAUCCUCUGUCUACAGAGUCCUUCCUGCAGCAUCCCAGACAGUUAUUUUUUCAGCUUAUCUGUCAUAUGUGCAUGAAUCUGUAUCCAUCAUCAAAACCCAAACUGUCAGGAAUGUCCAAUCAUCACCAAAGCAUGAAAUGCUUAAAUACUCAGGAGAUAUAAUAUGGAUCCACACAGAAUAACUGGAUCACUUCUGACCACAAUGUGAAAAGCCAGAUCACUUUGUGUGUACCACACUCUUCCAGAUGGAAUCUGAAAAGUAACAUAUCAGGUUGCCUGGCAACAUUAUCAAUAUCAUAAUAGUACAGUCUGGAACAAUUGGAGAAUGCAUUGUGAAAUGGCACUUUCCAUACACCCCCUCCCCCAAGAAUGAGUCUUCUGAGUGUGACAAUCACUGAUGUGAGCAAUUUUGCCUGUUUUCAUAUUUUAAAUCAUCGGAGUCAGUUUGUUAAGAUGUUAUGGAAAGUAUUAUUCCCAGGGCUUUUCGUGCACAGACCACACUGUGACAAAACCCGGACCUCUGCUGUAAAUAAGACAUGAAAUAAGAGCAAUGCUCGCUGUUUCAUAAGGGUAGAGUGUCACUGAUAAAAGAUGGCAUGUGUAGAUGAGGCACCGAUGCGCUGAUGACACUGUUCAUAGUUCUUUAGGGGAAGCUCCACGUCCUCAGAAGCUCUUGCUGUCACUCUGAUUAGAAAGGAAAGUGCCGUUAAUGAGAACAGAGAAAUGUUCAGCAUGUAAUUACAAGAGCAGCCUGUGGAUAGAUGCUUCAGUAACACCAUGGUGAUUCGUACCAUUGCUUUUUUUAUUUAAAGAAAUUUUAUAAUUAAAUGUCUUUUUCUAAACGAUCUACUCUUGGAAUUAUUACUUUUAUUCCAGUGUGUUCAUGGGUCUCCUUUUGUCUUUUUAAAUUAUUUUAAUUAACGGUCUGUUUUCAUUGUAA